UAAAUAUUGAGUAUCCUCCGCGAGGCCAGCAAGAUCCAGCUCUCCCGCCCUCUCGACUCUACCACAUCUCUGCACUUUCCCCGCUCCUAUCCAGAUUCCAACCCAACACCAGUACGGUAAAGUACCCAACCCAACUAGCCAUGCUCACGAACCCGCACUGACGAAUCCAGCCCAACACCUUCAUCGCUACCAGCAAGCAGCAAGCAUGCACCUCCGCCCGCAGCACAUCAUCCUCAUCGCCUCGCUCCUCCCCCAUCUCACACUCAUCCACGCCUCCUCCCACGGCGGCAAAGCCAGCCAACUCCUGCGCCGCGACGCCGACGCCGCCGCCGCGGACGACCUCAUCCUCGCGCGCGAUGACGCCGGCGGGCUCACCAAGCGCACCUGCAAAUACAUAGGCUGCAAGUGCUACCAAGGGACGCCAGCAGGCGUGUAUUGCCGCGGCUGCUCGAAUGCGGUGUACGAGUCUGGAGAUCUAGCUGCCUACCCGGGAACGCACCAGAGUAAUUGGGCGUUUCAGUGUAAUCCCACCGGGGGGUGCUGCGCGUAUGGGCCCAGGAAGGAUUGCUAUGGUGGGGCGCAUGGGACUUGUGGUUAG